CAUAAUUUCGAUCUCAUAUGGCAAUGUUGCUGUAUCACCGAAUAAAUAGCUAUAUAUGUUUAAAGGAUUUCUAUUUAAUUUUAACUAAUUUAGUACUUAAUAUAGCUGUUUGUUAAUUUAAGGUUAAGGAAAUUGAUCUAGUUCUAUGAAUUCCCAAACAGCAACAGAAGCUUCACGCUCUGCGGAAGCUAAUAGGAAACGAACUGCUGCAAAGAAGCUUAUUGAACGUUAUUAUUUCCAGUUAACUGAUGGUUGUGGAAAUCAGUCAUGUGAAAAUGAAAAUUGUGCUUCAUGUCAGAAAGCUCCUAAGCUCGAGCCUGAUGAAGCAGCUGCUCGUGCCAUUGAGCUUUUUAAAUCAAAAGCUAAACUUUGUGUUCCUCCAUGUCCUGGAAUAAAUCGCUCAAAUGAAAGCUUUCCUAUAGAUAUGCCUAAUGGGGCAAAUAACAUUUCUAGGAAUUUAACUCAAUCAGAAAGUUUUACAUUUUGUCAGAAAGACCAUUCUAAAGAUAGGCAUGGACCUGAUGUAGAUUCAUGUAAAAUGGACACAGAUACUCCAGGGUCAGUGACAGAUAGUUCAAGUUCAAAUAGCAAACAAGUGUCUCAUUUAUCACCUACAGAUAGUGCAUGUUCGAGAAGUAUAUCAUCACCCAAUUCAUGUGUGCCCAUGGAUACUUCAAAAGAAAUUCCUUUACAAGGUCUGUUGUAUCUUGAUGAAAAAAAUUUAUUAGAAAUUAUAGAAAAAUGUAAAGAAGAACAAAAUUUUUCUUUAUUGAUACGGACACUUGGGCAAGUAUUUUCUUCUGAAGAAUCUCUUAAACGAAGUUUUAAGAAAGAUAUUACCAAAGACAAUCUUUCCAAAGAAGAUAUAAGAGCUAUGGAAGUGGAUGAAGACAAAGACAAAGAUUCAUCCAAAGAAGGGGGGGCUGAUGAACAGGAUGCUGAUAAAAAGCCUCCAGUUGUAACGGUGGACAUUGCAUCUGUACGACGAGCAUUUUCUGCUCUUUUUAAAAUACCAGAUUAUCCUUUCCAGAGAGCACUAAUCAAUGCUCUCAUCAUCUUAUCGGAAAAUCUUGAAUUUGACUUUAAAUAUGGUAAUAAACAGUCUGUAGAUCCAAGUCUCUUAAAUAUUUUUGUUAUUGUUAUGGAAAUCCCAAUGAUGGAGUGCCCAGAAUAUAUGGAAGCUGCUUUACCAGCCUUCUGCAAAGCAGCUGCUCUCCUUCCAGUACGUAGUCAAGCUGUUUUGGCUCGAACGUGGAGUACUUUUGGUGCAGAGCGUUUAAAGGAAAUGUUAGACACUUUACAUCAAUUUAUAACACUAAGAGUCAUUGUAGGGCAGUUUUCUAGAGAAUAUUUCAUCAAUGAUGAAGAAUCAGUUAUUGCUGCAACUAAACUUAUGAAAAUUCUUUUUUAUGCUAGCCUUCUUGGAGGGGUUGUGGAAGAUCCAGAACUCACUAAUGAGGAUGAAGACAUAGGUGAAACAGAUGAAAACUUGCAUGAUCUUUUGGGAGCCAGAGCUGGUCCUGAAUCUAAAGAUAGUCAAAAGACAAAAGAAGAUCCUCUUGGCAUUGAACUUAACAUUAAACCCAUUGACUGUAGGUCACCUGUACUUCCAUUUGAAGAAUUUUAUAAUGAACCAUUGAGUGAUCAACUUGAAAUGGAUAGAGAUUUUGCAUAUUAUAAAACAGAAGGUGGAAAAUUUUCAUUUAUGAACUAUUCAUUUAUUCUAACUCCUGCAGUUAAAGCUUUAGGUCUGUAUUAUGACAAUAGGAUACGUAUGUACAGUGAGCGCAGAAUAUCUGUAUUGCAGAGUCUUGUUCAUGGAGCCCCUCCAAAUCCUUACUUACGGCUACGAGUUAGAAGAGAUCAUAUCAUUGAUGAUGCACUCGUUGGGGUGAGUAUUUUUUAUGUUUUAUAUUCUUUUUAAAUGUCAAAUAUAUACAUAUUAUUAUGGU